AUGGCUUCUGCGUCAACGAAAGCAGCCACCACGAAAUCGGAUCUGACUCCAUCAAUGACUUUGAAGGGUCACGGGAACUGGAUUUAUUCCUUAUCCUACUUUCCAGACGGUCAGCGAAUGAUCAGCGGAUCUUUGGACAAGACCGCCCGGCAAUGGGAUCUGAAGACAGGAGCGGAGAUUGAGGGAGCGCGGGGUGUUUGCGAGGAGGGGGUACUAUAUGCGGUGGCAGUAUCAAGGGAUGAUCGAUGGGUUGUCACUGGUGGUGGAGAUUACGCACGUGGAGAGCUGAAAGCCUGUGAGGUUAAGACAGGAAUUGUCAAGACAUUCGAAGGCCACUCACUGCAAAUCUACUGCAUUGAUGUAUCUGCGGGCAACACCCUGCUGGCGAGCGGGUCAGAAGAUGAAACAGCGCGGAUAUGGAACUUGGAGACUGGCGAAUUCGUGGCUGGUCCAUUCAAGAGCAUUGGUUUCGUGGGCGCGGUUCGAUUCUCCCCAGACUCGAAGAAGCUUGCAGUCAAGUCAGAUUUGGGGACGUGCCUGGAGGUCUGGGAUGUCCAAUCACAGAAAUUGGAUGUCAGGAUAGGGAAACCCAGUGGGAGAGGAAUCGCGUUUUCACCAAUUUUCUGGUCAAACAAAAACAAGACAAUCAUAGCCGCAUUCAAAUUCGAUUUCACCGCAGAUUCGGAUCAGUAUGACAACGCCAAGACAAUCUAUGAGUUUGACGCGGUUACACUGGAGACUGUCGGAGCUCCCUUUGAAGGGCACACCAAGUCUAUUGGUGGUCUAGCACUUUCAUUUGAUGGUGCUCUCCUCGCUAGCGCUUCCUACGACAAUACCAUCAAGCUCUGGGCUUUCGCGUCACGACAGCUCCUCGCCUCCUUCAACAUUCAAGUUCAUAAUAUUGUUAGACUUAUUCUGUCACCCGACUCACGACAACUGGCUUAUAUCAUAAACAACAAUAACGACUACAAGAUCUGCAUUUGUGAUACUCCACCCGGCAUCCUUGCUCAGGCCCGUAUAAUUGCACGCAAAAAGUUAGGCCGCAGGGAUAUACUAGAUGUACGCGUUUCAUCUUUUGCCCGUUACGCCACUCAUCAAUCACCGCCAUUGCAGUCUGAUGCAACUCGUCGUCCUCCUGCCGGCCACCGCAGACCACGGAUAUCCGCCAUACCUAUCGUACCGAGACCUUCGCCUACAAGAGACGCGCAGCAACCCACUCUCCUUCGCCUCGGCAAAUUCCUUCGUUUCUCUCCUCCAAUGAACGCAUUGCGCCCUGGUCGGAAAGAUCAAUCUCGUGAUCCCUUAGAUUUCCCUGCCACAUUGCCCUUACCUCCCAAUCGUCUUCAUGCAGACAGCAGUCCAUUGACUUCCUUGCCCGGUGGCAGAGCCUCUUUCAAUCCCAUUCGGUCGCCAUCAGACAAAGGAAAACAAAAGGCGCGUGAACCGAAACGAAAAGCUGUAAAAGUUGUCGAUGUUCCACUUGGACAAGCUACCUAUGGCGAUGUCGUUGGUGUGGACGACGGAAUACGACCAUAUGUUCUCUUCUUUUGUCUCAGCUGGUUCCAGAAAAAGGAGAAGAAGCAGGAACCACGACCAGUCUAUGAUGACGAACUCGAGGAUGACGAUGAGGAAGAAAACGCUCUUGGUCCAGUUUCGCUGACUCCUCCCAGGGUCCAACACGAAGAAAUUGAAUUGAAACCGGUAGCUAGUCAGUCACAGCUAGAAGCAGGACCAUCUCGCCUUGCGCUAACUGACCACUUAAAAGCCCAGUCUUCGUAA